AUGCAUUCGCCUUCCAGUAAGAACAAUCCCAAUCGCCCAAGCGGCGAGAGCAGUCUGUUGCUGCCACACUCUCAUCAUCGUCAGGAAGAUGCCGAUGAUACUCUCGGUGCAAGAGCUGGGUCAUCGAGAGAUGACUACAGGAUCUCUUCUAGGUGGAACGUCAAGAUUGGUCUCUUGUUGACGUCCGUGUGUGCCGUGGCCUUUAGUACCAUGGUCUUUCUACAAUCCAACCGUGGCGCGCUUCUCACAGAGGAGGCACUGGAAGAAUCCUCCGGUAGUAUUUCCAAUUUGUUGCCUCCACAGGACAUUGCGAUGAUGGGAGGCUCCAAGAAGAAGCUUCUCAAGAGAUUUAAGAAUCACAAAAAGCAAAAGAAAGAUGGCACGACAUAUCUCUCUCGCUUUGUGUCUCCCGCGGUCAAACCACGCUGUUCAUGGGUCAUGGACCAGUUUCGAAAGCGCGACGAAGGAACGCCACCCUUGGAUUUGGAGCAGCGAUAUGUGGCUCAAUCCGAGGAUCCCAAUGUCUUUUACAGAGCCACUGCUCACAUUUUCUGGCAAGACUUUGCAGCAGGAGACUGGGGUGGAGAUUUCACGCGUACCUUUUUGCUGCACAAUGAUCCUGAUUCAGAUGAUAGCAAAGAAGAAGUGGAUAAUGACCCCAAAAACAUUCAGAGGCAGGACGGGGCCCUCCUCACGAAAAGGGAUGUCUGGACUUGGGUAACUGGUACGAAAGAUUGUGGUGUGGAACACGGAGAUGUGGUGUUUGGUGUAAAUGACUUUGAUGAAGCAGCGAUAUUUGAUUUCCAGGUGGACGUUGUCCGCAUUGCCGUCAGUAUUUGUUCCCAUGCCAUUACAAACCAACUGAACGAGGAUGAAGUUGACCAGGCACUAGAAAUCUUCUUUGCGUCGUAUGUCCAUACAGUGCUCGAUUAUGAAGACAACGAAGAUGCGUUGCUGUUUGAAUUGACACCCAAAACGGCGCAAGGUGAACUCAGAAAGUUCUUGAAGAAGAGUCAACGAAAGAGAUCUUCAAAGAAACAACUGACAAAGUUCACUACCAGGGAUCCUGUCACACAGGAACGACACUUCAUCAAAGGCCCAGUAGAUGUGCCCCACGAGACCACGCGUUUGGCAUCUUUGUCCCCCGAGAUGUUGGCUCAAGUGAAGCAAGCGUUCAAUGUGACACACUACGGCGCCACCAUGGUGAAGUUAGGAUGGGCUGUCCCACCCUGGGACGACACAUACUAUCGUGUCUUGGAUGUUGCAUCCAGGAUUGGUAGUGGCAUAGGCUCAUUUGGGGUGGAUCGGUACUAUGUCUUACUCAAAGGGCGGGAUGGUUUGUUGGACGAUCAAGGUGAAGAUGGCAGUGCAGUCAUUUUGGAUGUCAAGUUCCAACCUCCGAGCGCAGUCUCUUGGGUUCUGGAUGAAGAAGACACUGCUUGGUACAAGGUGAAGUUUCCCAAUGAAGCGGCCCGGGUCGUGGAGGCUCAACGGAGACUGACAAGCUACACAGAUCCUUUCACUGGGUGGGUAAUGUUGAGAAAUCUCGACCCCAAUAGCACCAGCUAUGGCCAGGACCAACCCUUUUCUGUGCGUCAGCGGUCUCCCUGGAAGGACUCUUUGGAUCUGGACUCGCUGACGGAUCCAGAUGACUUCAAUCAAUUUGUUAGUCAGAUGGCCAUUUCCACGGCCACUUCCCAUGUGAGAGGAUCGGUGGCAAAGGCACCAGGAGAUUUCAAGCAUGUGAUUGGUACUGUUUUGGGGGGAUCAGAGCACAAGCGCCAAGAGUGGGGACAGGUCCUUGCGAAGGUGUCCCGUGGAUAUCGCGAGCAGGUGCUUCUAGACUUUGAGUGCUUCAGAGACUAUGUGCAAGAGCAUUAUGCCUCUCCAGAUCCCUCAUCAACGUAG